GGUCGCGUCGCACUUUAAAUUCGUUUGGGAUAAAAAUGCCGAUUGAAGGGACGCUAUGCUGCAUGUGCCGUCUGCCGACAGCUGGCACAGCAAUCCAGAUCGCCCAAACGGACCAGGCUAAAUUAAACAAGUGGUGUCUCAAGACCUGCAAGCACGAUUUAGCCGAAAUAAUUGGUCCUGUGGCGGAUACCGAUCUAAUUUGCUACUAUUGCAUGUGGCAGGCAGAGGCUACUCACAAGCGAGCGAAAGCUGGAGACGAUCAGAAAUGGUGGCCGAAAAAUCUGAAGUUGGACCCUGCAGAAAAGGAGUUGCGGAAAAAAUAUUUCGCCCGUAAAAUGAGUCAAUGUUGGGUGCAGCUGGAGAAAAUCAGAGUGUCGCAAAUCGAGGUCGAUGACGACAGCGACGACGAUGAAUGCGACACAAAACUAGUUUUAAAAAUGAUGCGCAACUCCAACGAGAUCUUUUGCGGAUACCAUUGUGGAGCUUACAUCUGCCACAUUGUUUGCCAAACUCACGACGAAAGAGAUGAACACCGAGCCAAAACGCACGGUGAAAUUCUACCAAAGGUGUACAAUUGCACUAUUUGCGUCGCGAGAAUCGAGGGAUUGUCCGGCUAUCGAUUUCAUGUGCGUCGAUCCCAUAAGGAAUACAAAGUGAAAUGCACAAAGUGCAUUUCCUAUUUCCAAACCAAAAAUGAGAUGCAAGCCCACAUGAAAUUGCACAACCAAACAUUGCGGUGCGCCCACUGUGAUUUCCGCACGAGGUGGAAAUCCGUGCUGCGAUCCCACAUCAUCGAAAAGCACUUCCCCGAUCCCAAAGAAUGCAACAAAUGCGGGAAAUUUUUCUCGUCGAUCGCUGAUCUCGGAAAGCACAUCAGGAAAUCGUACGUAUACAAAAAGUGCAACUCCUGCAAAAACCUCGUCUUGAGUAAAAGGCUCGAACUGCACAAAAAGAAAACAAAAUGCCCGGUAUGUCUUGUGAUUUUUGGUUGUGAAUUUCUGUACUGGUCGCACUUGCCAAAGUGCAAAAAAAAGAUUGCUGAAACUACUGUGAAACGUAAAAGAGGGAGGCCUCGAAAGAAUACGGUCGUGUGAAGAUCCUGAAUGAUCGCAGGAUCUGGACCAAUGAAAGUGCCUUAAAUUUUGUGCCUUAUGAAUAGAAACAGAAAAGUUUUGAACGCGAAUCUCAAAGAUUUAAAAUUAGUUAAUGGUGCUCAUGUUCCUAUACAUUUCGAUCUGGAUGAUCCCAUUUUGGAGACUGACAACAUGAAUAAAAUAGGUUUAAUUUUCAAAGUCAUUUUUACAGCGACUCAAACGGAAAUGCUCCCAAGACAAACGCAAUUCUGUACCAACAAUCAUGUAUUUUUAUGUACAGAAAAUUAAUAUAAGCAUAGAUAUGUCGAAUUUAAUUGAUAAGUUUGUCCCUUUCCUUUUGACUAAUUCUCAGUCUAUAUAUAUAGUUUAUUAUUUUCCAGCGGGGGCCAGAUUCGUGUGACGCGCAGAGAUGGCGUCCGGUGGAGGUAUGGCGCGAAAAAACAAUCACGUGAAAAUGCGCGAAAUUGUGACGUAUAAUUUGCAUUUCUUGUACUAAUUGUGUCCUUUGAAUAUCAAAAACAAACUCUUGACACUCGUACGGGAAUCCAAAGAGAUCUUUUUGUUUCCCACGUUCAGACGCCAUCUUGGAUCUGCGCAGUGCGAACCAAUUUUAUCGCACACCUGGCACCCGCUGUUGCUUUGAGCAUAAUUACAUGACAUUAUUGACUUAGUUUAUUUAGAAAACUAUAUAUGUAAGGCAUUUUUAAAAUUAGUUUAAUUUCCUAAUGAUUAAAUUAGUCAAUUAGAAAUGUGUGUUUUUAUGUACAAUAUUUUUUGUCAACCGAGGCUGCGAGAAGACUUCCAUCUACAAAUAUUUUGCCUGUUUAUCCAUAACUUUUUUAUUAGUUUUAAGUGCAGGAACUGUCGCAAGUGAUCCAAACCAAGUACAUAUAUAUUUCGGUGUGCUACUAUUUGACCAAUAAUUUAAGUUUAAGGCUGAUAUUCAACAUGUUUCUUGAAAUUAUUUGUGAACUUAAUUAUUUACAGUUGUGAGAAGGAUAAAUGUAUUUUUCUCUUGCUCAUACUCGUAUUAAAUUUGAAUUAUGGCAUAACCGCAUUGAUUAUGUAUGUAAUUUGCACACUAAUGUCCUAAAAUAAUUGUGGUUCCCUGUGUGUAGCAGAAUAAGCACCGGCCGUUACUUCUCCGAAGUUGGCUGGACUUUAGUGUUUUCCAAAAUAAAUAUUUUCUUAAAAAAAAAUAAAGACCGUAUUUGAUUAAGUUUCUGAGUCCACCAAUCGAUUCCUGAGGGUCGUAUUAGGAAAAAAGGAUAUUUUUCCCGUCC